AUGGACGUUACAUUAAUUAAAACUGUUAACAAACUUCAGGAUGCCUUUGCGACUGUCGGAGUUCAAAAUCCUGUUGAUUUACCGCAAAUUGUAGUUAUUGGUUCUCAAUCAAGUGGUAAAAGUUCAGUAUUAGAAAAUAUUGUUGGGCGUGACUUCUUACCUAGAGGUACGGGUAUUGUAACCCGAAGACCUUUGGUUUUGCAACUUAUAAAUCGACCGGCAAAUGCAAAAGCCGAAGAUACGUCUGAUACCCCAAAAAAAGAAAAAAAAGAAGCUACAAAAGAAACAGAGUCUCCAAAUAAUGAAGAAGAGUGGGGAGAAUUUUUACACAUUCCGGGUGUGAAAUUUUCUGAUUUCAACAAGAUUCGUGAUGAGAUUGUCAAGGAUACUGAAGCAAAAACGGGAAAAAAUGCUGGUAUCUCUCCAGCACCCAUAAAUUUAAGAAUAUAUUCUCCUAAUGUACUUACAUUAACACUUGUUGAUUUACCUGGACUUACGAAGGUGCCUGUUGGAGAUCAGCCAAAGGACAUCGAAAAACAAAUUCGAGAAAUGAUUUUAAAAUAUAUUACCAAACCUAAUGCUAUUAUUCUUGCUGUCACUGCUGCCAAUACUGACUUGGCUAAUUCGGAUGGAUUAAAAUUGGCUCGUGAGGUAGAUCCUGAAGGAUCACGUACUAUCGGAGUUCUUACAAAAAUUGAUCUUAUGGAUCAAGGAACAGAUGUCGUGGACAUUCUGGCGGGUCGUAUUAUUCCUUUACGCCUCGGUUAUGUACCUGUCGUAAAUCGUGGUCAAAAGGAUAUUGAUAGCAGAAAAGCCAUCGCUGCUGCGCUUGAAGCUGAAAAAAAUUUCUUUGAAAACCAUCAAUCUUACAAGAGCAAAGCACAAUAUUGUGGGACACCAUUUCUUGCCAGAAAGUUGAACAUGAUACUAAUGCAUCAUAUUAGAAACACACUCCCCGAAAUAAAAGCCAAAAUUCAAGCAGUGCUCGCAAAAUAUCAGACUGAAUUACAACAGCUUGGAGAUCCUUUAGAAGAUGGUUUUAAUAGUAAUGCCAAUAUUGUUCUAAAUAUUAUCACGGAAUUUUGUACAGAGUUUCGUACGAUCAUUGAAGGCAAAUCCGAUGAACUUUCUUCUUUCGAGUUGGCUGGCGGUGCACGUAUCAGUUUUGUCUUCCAUGAGGUGUUUUCGAACGGUGUAAAAUCAAUAGAUCCUUUUGAACAAAUAAAAGAUGCAGAUAUUAGAACGAUAAUUUACAAUGCAUCGGGAUCUGCACCCUCUCUCUUUAUUGCCUCAACUGCAUUUGAAGUGAUCAUAAAACAACAAAUUAAGCGUUUAGAAGAACCUAGCUUAAAAUGUGUGACAUUAGUGUAUGAAGAAUUGGUUCGAAUUUUAUCUCAAUUGCUACAAAAACAGUUGUUCAAGCGUUUCCCUGGACUAAAAGAAAAAUUUUAUACUGUUGUCAUUAACUUUUACAAGAAAGCUCUGACACCGACAAACAAACUUGUGCAAGACCUUGUUAACAUGGAAUCAAGUUAUAUUAACACUGGUCAUCCAGAUUUCUUAAAUGGCCAUAAAGUCAUUGCAGCUAUUAACGAUAAAUAUAACCCAAAGCAAGUAAAUCCUGCAGAUCCAAAAACAGGCCGUGGAAGUAUUACCAAUCUUACCAAUUCGAGUCCGCUACCAGAUACCGAAUCACAGAACGCUGGGUUCUUUGGAAGUUUCUUUGCACCAAAUAAAAAAAAGAAACCUGGCGUCAUGGAUGCUCCGCCACCAGUUUUGAAAGC